AAAGCAGUACUAUCUUUUCGGAAGGUAUCAUUUCGAUCACAGAUUUGGUUCAGUCAUCGUGUACAACACAGUAGGACUGAUCCUGGAAAAAGCUAUGGCUUUUAAGCUUGUUCUUCUGCUUGUAGCAGCCGUUGGAGCAGCCAGCAUUCAGGAUGCUCAACAACAAUCUCAAGAUCAACACAUACUCGUAGCGAAUCCGAUUCAGCUUCAGGAGCAAAUCGAAAGACAGCAGCAGCAGCAACAACAGCAACAACAACAGCAGCAGCAACAACAAAGAUCUCGGGACCAACGAGAAGAAGAUGCCAUCGGAUACGACUUUGCCUAUUCCGUUCAGGAUCCGAUCACCGGGGACAUCAAAAGCCAGGAAGAGUCACGACGCAAUGGCAACGUGAGAGGACAAUAUUCCUGGGUUGAUGCCAACGGAGUCCGCCAAAUUGUGGACUAUCGAGCGGAUGACCGAAACGGGUUCAACUCGGAACAUCGCCGGGAACCCGCCGCCCGACCAAGAUUGAACCGCGUGCUCCAGGUUGUUCCGGCACCGCUUUACACCAUCGAUACCGUUAUUGCUCCGAUCUACACCUCAGCCUCCCGACAGGAUCAACCUCGCAGCCGCCAGCAACAUAAUCGUGAUGAUCGCGACGAACGCCAGGACAACCGACAGGAUGACAGACGCGAGGAUCGGGAUGACCGCGACGAACGCAACAACCGCAACAACCAGGAUCAGGACGAACGCAGAGAUGGUGGACGCGACAGCUGGGACAGACGCAAUUGGCGUGAUAGUCGAGAUGGCCGCACCGAUCAGGAUCAGGAUAACCGCGAUGAUCGUGAUGGUCGAGACAAUUGGCAGCGCCGUGGCAACCGGGAUCGCAGUCGCAACGAUGGACGUGAUCGUGGAUGGGACAACAACGGCCAGUCGGAAGUUCGAUUCCAAGCGCCGACCGUUGCCUACCAGUACCGCAACUAAGCAUACUAAUCAAACGAAAAUAAGACAGGACAGCACUCUAGAAUAACUGAACGAGAAGGCACAAGUCAGCGAUACAUUUUGAGCAAGUUAUAGUCCGUUCAAUGCUUUUAUGUAGCAAAGUGAAGAAAUAAUAAAAACAUACUGAACACGA